GUUUGUAACAUGCCGCAAACAUAAAUUAUUUUUUCUUCUUAUUUAAAGUCAUCAUGGCAACAUAUUUCUUCAUGGCACACCUAACAGAUGAAGAAAGACUAAGAUUGAAUCAUUUAUUUGAUAAUAAAUACCAAAUAAUAAAUGAAUGCCACAUCUGGAAGGGGGCAUGCACUCCGAACGGCUAUGGUGUUCUGCGGUGUAGUUUCCGCGGCAAACGGCUAAGGCUUAAAGCUCACCGCGCACUAUAUUUUCUUGAAACUAAACAUGCCAUGUCAUCAAAAAUGCAUGUGUCGCAUUUAUGCCAUAAUAAACUUUGUGUCAACAUCAAGCACUUAAGUUAUGAGCCUCAAAACAUUAAUAACAACAGACAAAUAUGUGCUCAUGAAGGUUUAUGUCAUGGUCAUUAUGGCUAUUCAGGUUGCAAGAUUUGAGGUAAUAUAAAUAGUUUGGACACCUGUCACUGUUGUAAAAUUAAUGUUACAAAUAUUGCUGCUACACAGUUAAAUUGUUAUAUUGUUUUGGUUCUAUUUACACAUUUUAAUUUCCAAGAUUGAUUCCAUAGUCAUGUUCUUUUGUAACUUUACUAGGAGCCUUGUACAAUGACUGGGAAAGUACAGCCCUAUUCGCCCUUUUUCUGUGGCUUAAAUAUCGAGAUGUCUUGUAUUCAUGUUUUUGUUUGCGAUCACUGUGGUACCGUGCUAUGUUCUGUGUGAACAUAGCAUAUCUGUACAUCGGAUCGCUUGCCUCGAUAUUAAUGCCACAGCGCCCAGCAAGUUGAAGUAAGGAUAAGCCACGGCCCACGCUUGCACCGAGUGUUGCGGAGUAGCAUAGAGCUGUAAAUGAUCUUUUCCAGACCAUGCUCUUGGGAGCAUAUGAAAACAGCCUACUGUGCAUGUUUUCACAUCUGUUAGUAUUGUGUAGUUGCACAGUGUCCCUUAGCUGUUGUACUCCACAGUACUUGUCCAAGACCUUCUGCAAUUUUUGUUUGUCUGCUGCCGACAACACAACAUUCUUGCCAUAUGGCAAAUACCUUGUACUGUGUCCUUUCAGAUGUGCAGUGCAGACAACAGAUUUGUGCUUGCAGCUAUCGUGUGACCCUGAGAAACAAUCUAGAACAUUAGUGACUGCUUCUCGAGCCCGGGCAAGGUACAACUCGUCUCCACGCAGAAGCUUCCUCAGUCUGGUGCGAAAACUUGAGUUGCCGUGUCACAUCCAUCUUGUGGUCUGCUUGUAUACGCGACAUCAAACUCCACAUCUGUUUCACCGGAACACCCAGCAAGGCUGUGGUACUGUUUGACGUGGUCGCAGUUUAAAAGGGAGAACGAGUGGAUCUCGAGAACGGUUACACGCAUUCAAGACAUCGUUAGCCACAGAAUCACCCAAUCGCACGACACUUUCCAGGUCAGGGUCUAAAUUCAACGGAAUGGAAUCUUGAUCUUGUUUCUCUACACAGCGCACAUGACUGCUGUUAUAGUUUGGAAAUACUCCUUUUUUGAAAAGUGCACCUUUGUUUUUCCUAGCGCGAUUGUUUUUAUAACUGUGCUGUGAUUUCUUAUGAAGUGAUCUCAUUUUGAAUGGUAUUUUAUCCAAGGUGUUUUAAAAGAUACAUCUGCUCAACACUAUAGACUUGUAAACAAUAAGGCCACUUCAAUGUUUUAGCAAAUUCUGGUCUUUUUUAUCUACAUAAUGAGUGCAGCAGGGUCAGGUGUCCAGAUAGUGUUUGUUUUAUUGUACCAAUUAGUACACAUGCAAAUACAGAGGAGUCAAACUUGUAUAUGGACAUAGGAUUUAGCUCCCUUGUGUACAGUGAAAACAGUAUUCAAUAAAGCUGCAUUUUGGCUUUAAAACACUGAAGGGCCAGUAGCUUUGGGACUAUGUUUGGUCAUGAUCUAUGAAUCUAAGUAUGUGCUACUCCAGAUGGAGUAUGGGUAUUUUAUCCAGUGUCUUUUUGUAAUCUGUGCACAAUUAUAGGUUCAAAUAACUUUUGAGACUGUACUUUCUCUCGGCAUUGACCAUGAAUGUCAAUAUUUGGUGCAUGUACUAUGUAUUCAUAGGGGAAUAUACCUCUGUAAGACUGA